CAGACAGGAAAUGAAUCUAUGCCUGAUGAUGAGUCAUAUGAAUUGGUUGUUGGUAUGCUGUUUUUGACAGACCAGAUUGAUGCUGCCUUGAGAUAUGUUGAUUUGACUUUGAAAUCUGGUUAUAUGUUGUCAAUGAGGGUUUUUGCUGAGUGUGUGAGAAGUUGUGUUAACAAAGGCAGGCUGGCUGCUUUGGUGUCUAUUAUAGAGAGGUGCAAGACAAUGGAUCAGAAUAAAGCUCUUUCUCCCUCCUGGAACAUGUGCAUCUUCAUUGCAGAUAUUGCGAUGCAAGAGGAUAAUAGCAAGUUAGCUUUUCAUGCCCUGGAAUUCAUGGCCAGAUGGAUUGCUCGGGGUGAGAAUGCAAGGGGUCCUGUUCUACUCUCUGUGGAUGAGGGGCUUGUUGUAUCAGCACUUGGAACUGCUAGUAGGACUUACAGUUGUACUCUUCUAGAUGCAUCAUGGGCGAUCCUACGACGAUCAUUGCGUCAAAAGAAGGCACCUCAACUAGAAUCUUAUCUUGCAAAAAUAUAUGUCGAUGCAGCAUUGGGGAAUUUGCAGAGAGCAUUCAGCACUCUGCAUGAGUUUGAAACCGCUUAUAGGAACUCCCCAAAGAAGCAGAAGAGGAUAUAUUCUCACCUUUUACAUCUUUACAUCCUUUGGUAAUGGCAAGCUCCAAGAAUGGUUUUGAAACUUUGCACACGGUGGGUUGAUUGUUGAAGUGGGAGCUUUGUCACGAUCAAUAGAAAUACUUCAAAAUAAGAGGCUUAACAUCAGAUGAAAGAUGAGAAGAGAAAAGCAGAGAAGUCUAGAUGAUCAAGAUAGUUUAU